UUGCUGCAUGAGUCCAUUCCAAGACAUUUGAAGCAGCAGUUUGCAAAACAAUCUUAAUUGAACAGCUGUUCUGGAGUCAAAUCAUAUUGCUGCAGAUUUAUUGCACUGUAAUAUGAUCUCAAACUGCUGCUAAAUGGACUUUGAGUGAAAUGCAGACUGGUGCUUUUCCAGUAAUCACACUGUGCAUUUUUUUAAAUAAACAUGUUUCCAGACUAGAGUUGCAAAAUAAUCUAUUUUGCACACAGUUUGUUCAUUUAAACCUCAACAUAAGCUCCUUCUUCUAUAAGAAAAGCCAUGUAUUCCUACACACAUAGGUGAUAUUGAGUUAAGCCAAAUGCGUAUCUGUUCCCUCUCUUUUUUGGUUCUGACCAAGUGGGUAUUGUGCUACAAAUGGAUAAUGGAGACUGGGGCCAUAGGAUGAGUACGCCUGUUACCUUGAACGUGGGAGGCCACAUGUACACCACCAGCUUAUCCACCCUGCAGCGCUAUCCAGACUCCAUGCUGGGCGCCAUGUUCCGGGGGGAUUUCCCCACCACUCGCGACUCCAAGGGGAAUUAUUUCAUCGAUCGCGACGGGACACUUUUCAGGUACAUCUUGAACUUCCUGCGGACGUCGGAGCUCACCCUCCCCUUGGACUUCACAGAGACGGACCUCCUGAGGAAAGAGGCAGACUUCUACCAGAUCGAACCUUUGAUCCAGUGCCUUAGCGAUCCCAAGCCGCUGUACCCUCCCGACAUCUUCGAGCAGGUCGUGGAGCUCUCCAGCACCCGGAAACUGUCAAAAUAUUCGAACCCGGUCGCUGUCAUCAUCACGCAGCUCACCAUAACCACGAAGGUUCACGGCCUGCUGGAGGGUAUUUCCAACAACUUCACCAAGUGGAACAAACACAUGAUGGACACCAGAGACUGCCAGGUGUCGUUCACCUUCGGACCAUGUGACUAUCACCAAGAGGUGUCCCUAAGGGUUCACCUCAUGGACUACAUCAUGAAACAAGGGUUCACCAUCCGCAACACGCGUGUGCAUCACAUGAGCGAGCGUGCAAACGAGAACACGGUGGAGCAUCACUGGACUUUUUGCAGACCGGCUCACAAAGUUGAGGACUGAUUCGCAAUUGAGUCGACAUUACUGUUUGGUUUGGUCUCCAUACUACACAAGUCACGAUCAAAACAUAAAUAAUUUUGAUCUUUCUUUUAGUAAUGUCACUAAGAAUUAUUUUGUUUUCUUAUUUUGAUAAAUGUGGUACAGCGGCACAAGGCUUAACGUCCAGACAGAUAGCAUAAAAACAAUGAAAAAUGUGAAUUCUUGAUUUCUUCUCAUGUUGGAGUGCAAAAACACUUUAUAAUCUGUGCUACCACUACUUAUUUGACAUUUCUAUAAAAAUAAAUUAUUGGCAUUUUUAUGAAGCAGGAAGAUACUAUAGCAAUGAUUUUAUUCCGAUUUUAUUUAUUUAGGGACACUAUUAUACCCAAACGACGCUAAAAAUGUGGGUGUGUAGAUUUUUUGGGGAGUCAUUUUGAUUUAAUGUGGCUCCAAUACCUGCAUCUGUUUAUUUCAAAGUCAGUGAUAAAAUGAAUGUAAACAGGUAGCUUUCUUGGUGGUGUUUUUUGGACUAAGACACUGAACAAAUAACUUUUUUUGGAUCCUGAGUCGUCAGGAGUUUUUUUAAUAAUAAUAAAUUAUGAUUAUCUUUUUCCCAAUUUACAGUAGAUCUUAAAAUUAGUCUCUUAGCCCUCUUAUCUCCUUGUACGGUACUAUUUCUGAAGACCCUAGUUGUCGUUGCAUGUGUCUGAGUGUCUUGUGUUUGUGUAUGUAUUUGUGCGCUUUGCAGUAUUACGUCAUACUGUUAGAGUUUAGAGCUCAUAUCAACAGUGAUGUGUUCGAUCAUUCCAGCCAAAAUAAACCCAUUUGUGCAUUCGUCAGUCAUUAUUUUUGUUUUAUGGUUGAACUUUUAACAUUAACUUGAUAUUUUGCACUCGUAUUGGCCUACUGUAUGUCAACUAGUUAAACAUCCAACCACUUUAAAAGCUCCUUGUAAGCAUUUACAACCAAUUGAAGUACAAAUUUGCAGAGAGUUGGGCUACUUGUGAAGUAGCCUAUGUGAGAAAUUGUGUUAAUAACUAUUUAGAUCAACAUUUGAGAAUUGUGGCAUCGAUUUAAAAUAAUAUAUUUUCACAAAAGGUUCCUACCAAGUUGCAUUCAUAAUUGUGAUACAAGUUUAUUGAAUUCCUAUAGAAAACAUGCUUAAAACAUUCUUACUAUAUUUUUUGUUUGUGUUCAAGGGACUAUGCAAUGUAAAGUCUCUUAAGAUAUGAAAACCAUUUUUUAAAUAAGAAAAUAUAAGAAUGUCUAUGAUGCAGGUCUUAUCUUUCAUAUAAAUGCCAUGGUAGCACUAGUUUGGUAACUGCUUUUGACCAAGUCAGAAACAUGUGGAAAAAACAAAAAAUAUAUGUAACUUUUAGUUUAGUAUAUUCAAUACAAUGAUUUAAUCUUGCAUCCAUACUUAUAUUGAUAGGCUGAAUAUCAUAGACCCGAAAGGCUUUCAAAUAAUACUAACGGUCACACUAUUGAGAUUCAGCACUGGCCAUAAAGCCUGGUGUUUUCAAUAUUUGUGCCAUUGUACAUUUAUUUAUUUAAAAACUUUCGAGACAGACAUAACGUGUGUUUUAUGUUAUUGCUCCAAAGCUCUGUUAUGUUACUAUCGUAGAUAAGUAUACGGUGUAUCCUCAGGGAUGGGUUAAAUGCAUAAGAGACAUUUCAUGUAUAUAUGUAUGUAUGUUUGUAUAUUCAUGAUCAUUAAA